AUGAGCGUGACCAAAGCAUCAGCAGCAGAAGCCGAAUAUGCAGCUCCAUCACCGAGCCCUCAUCGAGAAGGGCAUGAUGGCAAUGGCAGCAAAGACAUCGCAGCCUCAUUUCUCGCCAAAAAUGUUGCGGGGCAAAGAAUAUCCGUAACUCCUGCCGAUUCAGCGCGUGUUUUGCGACGCAUCGACACCGUCAUACUUCCUAUCAUGCUGACAGUCUACUUCCUGCAAGGCCUCGACAAAACGACACUUGCAUACGCUUCAGUAUUCGGACUGAUUGAGGACACCGGGCUUGUGGGCGACCAGUACAGCUGGUUGGGCAGCAUCGUAUACCUGGCGCAGCUUGUCAUGCAGCCACCGCUGGCGUGGUUACUCGUGCGCUUACCUAUCGCUAAGUUCACGAGCGCCAUGGUGCUCCUAUGGGGUAUAUCUCUCACAUGCAUGGCAGCUGCGCAUAAUUUUGGCGGUCUAUUAGCCACGCGUUUCUUCCUGGGCGUGUUUGAGGCGAGUGUUGCGCCCAGCUUUGUUGCUAUCACGCAGAUGUGGUGGAGGAGACGAGAGCAGACUGUCAGAACUAGUUAUUGGUAUGCUAUGAAUGGUUUUACGAAUAUGUUUGGCAGUUUAAUCACCUACGGCCUAGGCCACAUAUCAUCGCAACUACGUUCCUACCAGAUCAUAUUCCUAUUUUUCGGAAUUAUCACCGUUGCAUUUAGCUUUGUCAUGUUGGCCUUCAUGCCGGACUCACCAGUAGAAGCAAAGUUCUUAAGUGACGAAGAUAAACUAAUAGCUGUUGAGCGGUUGCGCAUGAACCAAAUGGGAGUGGUAUCACGCGAGUGGAGAAACGAUCAUCUCAAAGAGGCUCUCACGGACCCUAAGUCAUGGCUCUGGUUUGCGCUAUUAUUCUCGAUCAGUAUUCCGUCCGGUGGGAUCUCAACAUUCGGACCGCUGAUCAUAAAGACUUUUGGAUUUGACCCAUUCGGGACUAUCCUCUUCAACAUCCCCUUUGGGUUCGUACAGCUGGUUGCGACCGUUGGCGGGGCUGUCGUAGCUCAGAAAAUCAAGAUGAAGGGGCCUGUUAUCGCCGCGCUUUGCCUACCACCUAUAGCCGGUUGCGUGAUGCUUAUGGUGCUUCCCAGAGAUGCUUCUCACCGAGCACCCCUUUUAGCUGGAUACUACCUCAUAUCAGUUUAUCCGGGAAUUACCCCGCUCAUUUACUCUUGGGCAUCUCAAAAUACGGCUGGAGAUACUAAAAAGAAAUGUACCAAUGCCAUACUUCUUAUAGGCCAAUCUGUGGGAAAUGUGAUCGGCCCGAUGUUAUACUCACAGACAGAAGCGCCAGGUUAUACUAAGGGCUUGCGUUCGAACCUAGCGCUCUAUAUCGUAAUAAUCGUACUAACCGGAAUAACUACUACAUACCUCAAGUUUCUUAAUGCAGACCAUGCUAAGAGACGGGUAGCUAUGGGUAAGAGUGCUGUUAUCAUUGAUACGAGCCUCGAUUCUGCAGAGGUGGCAGCGGCACAACAAACUCGCGAUGAUAUGGAUAAGAGUGCUAGGAACGCCGAGGAAGGUGACAUCGCUGCUGCUUCUAAUGAGGAAGUGGAAAGGCCUGGCGAAAGAGCAUUUGAAAACCUAACUGACCUUCAGAACGAGGAAUUUGUCUUUGUUUUCUAA